CCCUCCUCUCCUCGCUAACCCCACCCACCGCCCGCCUCCAGCCUCUCAGGUCCCCGCCGCCCGCCCCGCCGGAACCCUAGCUCCGGCGAGUGCCCCGGCCACCCCCGCCGUCGAUCGGCUCCCGGCCCCCCCGGCCCCCUCCGGACGAUCGCGAGAGAUCCGGGGUCGCCGCCGUCCGGGGAGGGAGGAGACCAGAAGCCAUGUCGGGGCUUGGCAGCGGCAGGCCGCAGGCUGCUCAGAAGAUCCUGCAGUCGCUGCGCCCGCCGCUGUCCUUCGCCUCGCCGUCGCGGCCGCCCUUCGCCGCGCCAGACGAGUACCACCGCUUCCCCACGCCGGCUGCGGCCACGGGCCCCGGCGCCACCUCAGGCGGCGUCGGCGUGGGGGGUGAUCCUCCUGAUACUAUCGAGGAGGGGCUGGUCCUACGGACGCCGCUAAAAAGGAAAGCCAGAUCUGUAGAAAAUGAUACUGCUGAGUCAAGCGAUUGUAUCAUUACCAGUCCAAUGCUCACUCCGGUCUCUGGUAAAACUGUUAAAGCUUCUAAGGCAAAGGCUAAAAACAGUAAAGCUGGGCCUCAGACACCUACGUCAAAUGUUGGUUCACCACUCAAUCCACCAACUCCUGUUGGCACGUGCCGCUACGACAGUUCACUAGGACUUUUGACAAAAAAAUUCAUUAACUUACUCAAGCAAGCUCCAGAUGGCAUUCUAGAUUUAAACAAUGCUGCAGAAACACUAGAGGUUCAAAAGCGACGCAUAUAUGACAUUACCAAUGUGCUUGAAGGCAUUGGACUAAUAGAGAAGACACUUAAGAAUAGAAUCCGUUGGAAGGCCCUGGAUGAUUCAAGUGUUCACUUAGACAACGGUAUUUCUGCUUUGCAGGCAGAAGUUGAAAAUCUUAGUCUGCAGGAGCAAGCACUAGAUGAGCGUAUGAGUGACAUGCGUGAAAAAUUAAGGGAGUUAACCGAAGAUGAAAAUAAUAAAAGGUGGAUCUAUGUGACUGAAGACGAUAUCAAGGGAUUACCCAGCUUUCAGAAUUACACACUAAUAGCAAUUAAAGCACCUCAUGGUACUACACUUGAAGUACCAGAUCCAGAUGAGGCGGGUGAUUAUCUCCAAAGGAGAUAUAGAAUUGUAUUAAGAAGUACAAUGGGACCAAUAGAUGUUUACUUAGUUAGUCAAUUUGAUGAGAACAUUGAGGAAUUGGGUGAUGUUAUGCCCAGACAUCAACCUACUGAAGAUUUCAAUACAACAUAUGCUGCACAAAGUAGCACGCCAAUCGAUGUGGCACAUGAUGUACAGCAGAGCCAGAAGAUUCCCCAGGAUCCUAGUACUUUACAUGACUUUGGAGGGAUGACAAGGCUUACUGCUUCAGACGUCCAAACUUCUGAUUACUGGCUCCUAACAGAGGGGGAUGUUAGCAUGACUGAUAUUUGGAGAACAGAACAAGAAGUGCAGUGGGACCAGAUGGAUUUCUUGUCUGAAGAUGUUGUCACCCCUCGAGCCCAUAAUCAGCAGCCGGUCACAGCUGACGGGCCACAUAUGGAGGUUCCAAGCAUGGAUAAACCAUAAGGUCAUAAUGUUCUCAACAAUACUGACAUCUGAACACCUGGAGCGGUGAGUUUUGAAUGAGAUGGAUUCCCGUGUGACAGCAAAUGCUCAUUGCAACAGAAGAGCUGGACGAUUUCAUCCGAGUAUGUCACCUGGAGUUUAGUCCGGGCAGCAGUUCACAACUUCAGAUUGGUGCACACACGGCACCGCUGUUGUGAAGACUGGCGUGGUCAACUGACUAAGCUAACAGUCUACUGCCUGAUUCGUAAAGCGCAGCACUUUAGCUUAAGAGACAGAGGCGCCGUCUUCUUUGUGUGACUUCGGUAUUAUGCUCAUUCACCUCGGCUCCAUUCGCUAAUAUUAUCAUACUAGAUCAGUGGACCUCCACUGGAAAAUGCGGCAAAUUGUAUAAAGCAUCAGGGUAAAACGGUGCACAAUGCAUGGGGCAUUGGCGUUACAAAACUCCCAUUGGGUAAGCUAUCGAUGUAAGGCAGAUAAUUCUUUGUACAAUUGUUUGAUACCCUAGAACAAAGCAUAGCUGUUCGCUUGUAAACAAAUGUUUCUAUGCAUGCAUCAAAGAGGAGACUUAGAUUCUUUGGCGUUCA